AUGUCCGUCCAAGAGCCUGAUAACCUGCCCUGGGACCCCAACUGUACGCGGUUUCCCUCGCGCAAGGAAUUACCCAAGCUGCCAGGUGCUCCGAAAGAUGCAGCCUGGGUUUGGGGCAAAGAUGAUGCGCUCGGCCGAUUGAAUCUCCUGACUCCUCAGCGAGUCAAGGCUGCGGCGGGUGACAUUCAGACCGGAGAAAUGGUUCGAUUGGACCUUCCUUUGAACGUCCCAGAGAACCCGGCAUUUGGACGUGAGCAGUUUCAACACCAUAUCAAAUGUCUCAUCCCCGGCGUCGCCUAUGACGAUACCUACACGCUGAACACGCAAAGCGGGACUCAAUGGGAUGGUUUCCGACAUUUCGCCCAUUUUGACACUCAGACCUUCUACAACGGGAUCACAGCCGCCGACAUAGUCGGCGACGAUGCCAACCACCGCUGCGGCAUCCAGGACUGGGCCAACCACGGCAUCGCCGGCCGCGGCAUCCUCCUCGACUACCGGCACUACGCGGAGACCCAGAACAACCACUACGACCCGUACACCGCGCACGCCAUCCCGUUCUCCGAACUACAAGCCUGUGCCGCCUCACAAGGCCUCGACCUCCGCCCAGAGUCACAAGGCGGCGACAUCAAAGUCGGCGACAUCCUCAUGAUCCGCUCCGGGUUCGUGCAGCGCUACCACGAGCUCAGUCCCGCUGCACGCAAGGCCGGCGCCGAGCGCCCCCCGGAGGACCUGCACUGGGCCGGUCUCAAGCAAGAGGACGCCACGCUGGACUGGCUGCACGAUUGCUACUUUGCCGCGCUGUGCGGCGACUCGCCGACCUUCGAGUGCUGGCCGCCUAUCCAGGAGAACGGGUACAUGCAUCAACAGAUCCUGGCGCUUUGGGGCAUGCCGCUGGGCGAGAUGUGGGAUUUGGAGACCCUGGCGAGGAAAUGUCGGGCUGCGGGCAAGUGGACGUUUUUCGUUACGAGUGCGCCGGCGAAUGUUGCGGGUGGUGUUGGCUCUCAUGCGAAUGCAACUGCAAUUCUGUAG